AUGGGUGCCAAUGGAUCAAGCUAUCCUCACUCAUGCUCCCCACGCAUAGGAGCCAAUGCACAGACUCAGCAGACCUUUAUUGGGACCUCAUCGUACUCGCAGCAUGGAUACGCCUGGGAGUCCAAGCUUUACAGCCUGGAGCACGGCCACGAGCGGCCUACCGACAGGAAGAAGAAAAGCCUCGGCCUGGCUACCCUCAAACGGCGGUUCAUUAAGCGAAAAAAAUCCAGUCGCUCAGCAGAUCACGCCCGGCAGAUGCGCGAGCUGCUGUCCGGGUGGGAUGUCCGUGACACUAACGCUCUGGUGGAGGAAUACGAGGGUACGGCGGCCCUCAAGGAACUGAGCUUCCAGGCCAGCCUGGCACGCGCAGAGGCGCCCAGUUUGCCCCGUGAUCUGGCUGCCCUUUACCAGCAUAAGUACUGCACUGACGUAGACCUCAUCUUCCAUGGGACUUGCUUCCCAGCGCACCGGGCCAUCCUGGCUGCUCGCUGCCCCUUCUUCAAGACUCUGCUGUCCUCAUCUCCCGGAUACGGCGCAGAGGUUCACAUGGACAUUGAGACGGCAGGCAUUGACGUGCCCAUGUUCUCAGCGCUCCUACACUACCUGUACACGGGGGAGUUCGGCGUGAGCAGCGCGGAGGAUUCCCGGCUGCAGAAUGUGGACGUCCUGGUACAGCUCAGUGAGGAGUUCGGAACGCCCAAUUCUCUGGAAGCAGACAUGAAAGGCUUGUUUGACUACAUGUGCUACUAUGAUGCUCUAUUGAGUUUUUCUUCAGACUUUGAAAUGGUCGAGAGUUUCAAUGCGGGAGCACCAGCCGCUGGCUCAGGUGGUGGCGGAGGACCGGGCACUCCAGAGGAGGACCUUCGAUCUCAUAAGGCCAUUCUCUCCGCACGCUCCCCUUUCUUUAGAAACCUUUUGCAAAGGCGCAUUCGAACCGGAGAGGAAAUGACAGAGCGCACGCUGCAAACGCCGACCCGUAUCGUGCUGGAUGAGUCCAUCAUCCCUCGCAAAUAUGUGCAGGUGAUUCUCCACUGCAUGUACACGGAUGCGGUGGAGCUGUCACUGGUUCUCCGCGGUAGCCCCUCUGCGGGCAGCCUCGGGGAGGUUCAAGCCUUAGUGUCAGGGGGCCGGGGGGCCAGCACGCGAACAGAAGAGGCCAUGGAGCUCUACCAUAUCGCUUUAUUCUUGGAGUUCAGUAUGUUGGCUCAAGGUUGUGAGGACAUUAUCGUGGAAAGUUUGUCCCUUGACUCGCUCGUACCGAUCCUCAAAUGGAGCUCGCAGCCUUACGGCUCCAAGUGGGUACACAGGCAGGCCAUGCACUUCCUCUGUGAGGAGUUCAGUCAAGUUGUCACCUCAGAUGUUCUUUAUGAGCUCGGCAAGGAGCACCUUCUCAGCGCAAUCCAGUCAGACUACCUACAGGCCAGUGAGCAGGACAUUCUCAAGUAUGUUGUUAAGUGGGGUGAGCAGCAGCUUAUUAAGAGGAUGGCAGACAGGGAGCCCAAUCUUUUGAGCGGCACAGCCCACAGUGUCAACAAGCGAGGAGUGAAAAGGAGAGACUUGGAUGUAGAGGAGCUGAAGGACAUCCUAUCCCCACUUCUGCCCUUCAUUCGAACUGAGCACAUUUUGCCCCCACACAGCGAUGUCCUCUCCGACGCGCUCAAAAGAGGUUUGAUAAGCACCCCUCCAUCAGACAUGUUGCCGACGGCAGAAGGGGGUAAAGCAAAUGCUUGGUUGAGGCAGAAGAACGCUGGCAUCUACGUGCGUCCUCGCCUCUUCACCCCUUACGUAGAAGAGGCAAAGUUGGUGCUUGACGAAAUGAUGGUAGAGCAGACUGAUCUGGUGCGUUUGCGACUCGUGCGUAUGUCCAACGUCCCGGACACCCUCUACAUGGUCAACAACGCCGUGCCCCAGUGCUGUCACAUGGUGAACCAUCAGCAGAUGACCGUCAACUCAGUUGCCGCUCCAUCAGUUGUAGCAAAUGAAAUCCCAGUGCCUCAGCUUCCGGUGGUGAAAGAGAUGAUUCGGAGGCUCCAGGAACUGAGACACACGGAGCAAGUCCAACGGGCUUACGCCCUCAACUGCGGCGAGGGUGCAACCGUCAGCUACGAGCUGCAGCUGCGAGUUCUCCGGGAGUUCGGUCUGGCCGACGGAGCCGCCGAACUUUUACAGAAUCCCAACAAAUUCUUUCCCGACGAGCGAUUCGGAGACGAGAGUCCGAUUCUAGCUCUGCGCCAGGUGGGUCGAUGUCGUGUAAACAGCAGCCCGGCCAUGGAUAGCAUGUUCACAGAGUUGGAAGGCGUAGCGGGCUUCCACCUGCCGCUACCUCCCCCGCCUCCUCCUUAUCACCCACCCGCUACGCCUGGCCACUCUCAGCUCAAAGGCGCCUGGCGACCCCGCGUUCCCGUGCCCACCCCCACCCGUUCCUUCUCCUAUCCCUGCAACCGCACCGUUAGCCAGCGCCAUGCGGCGGCCAAGCAUGGCGGCUCGGACUUCUCCUCCGUGCCCAGACCCCAGCCCCCAGACUGCACCGAACCGCAACCUAUGGGCCGAGCCUUGCUUUCAGAACAGCAAGCGAUGGGCAUGGAGCCUGUUAUGAGGGAAUUUAUGCCUGACAUCGCGCUGGGCGUCUCAGUCAUGUCGCUGAGGGAACAGCAUGUUUCCGAGAUUGACCGGGAAAGCCCUCGCAGCCCCAUGGGUCCCCCCGGCCACCAUCUGACGAUGGGGCCCUGCCCCUCUGUUCGCCACAAUCACGGCCCGGGACACGGACACUCCUGCAAAAGGCACGCACCUGAUCCCAAGCCGGAGGUACCGCCGGAGUUCCCCGACCUGUACGACUUCUCCCGGCGACCGUCGUCUCCGGGCUCCGCGCGCACUCUGUCCACGUUCGCCGGACCGGACCUCUACAGCCACAGCGUCGCCCCCUUCACUCAGACUUACAUCAACGACUCUCAUUGCCAGGGUCACGCACAGGGACGGACCGGCCCGGACCCGCUACGGCUGGACGUCCUUGGCGUGACCUCUCAGAGGCACGACGCGGCGGGCCUCUCAGGGCCGCAGCCCAGGGCAGGACACGCUCCGAGGGGCCGCGCCGAAGAGACGGACCUGACUCACGGCUUAAGCCGCCUGCGUUCGUCCGGCGGAAACGCGGACGGUUACGAGGACAGAACGGCCGGGACUCGAGACGUUUCGGAAGACUCGGUUCUCGCCGGAGAAUCGCAGCAGCCUCACAGAAACAGCCUCACCGAGGACGCAGCCCGAGAACGCAGGUCGCCCGGAAAGCCCGACUACCCGUACAAAAAGUCUGCACUUUAA